AUGACAAAGCCAUCGCUGUUCUUGCAAAGGUAUCAUCAGUAUAUUGGUCAAGGUAGGAGAUUUUUGUUUGAAUUUUAUUGUUUUAGGUAAAGGAGAUUGGGUUUGUUGCCUACUUUUAUGUUUCUGAAAGAUCUUGAAGUUUUUGCCUGGCAUAUUAGUCAAGAAUUAGAUAAUAAAUGAAAUAUUGGGUUUGUUUUUGAAAUAGAAAACUUACAGUUACUUUUAUGGUCAGCUUUUUAUAAAAAUCAUUAAUUUAUAUAGUUUUAGAUGAUCUCAAACUGUUUGAAGACGAUGAAGCUAAUCAAAUAUAUUUUGACUUGAUUAGAAGGAAAAAAUCAAAUGGAAAGCAGCACAAAGAUUUGAGAAAUCAAAGGUUUUUAGCGAUGCAACAGCUUAAAACAGAAGGAGAAUAUUUUUCUUUGGAUAAGAUGAGAGAAAGAGAUCCAGAUUUAUUUGAUUUGAUGUUAGGAGCACAUUUAAAUGACGAUGGUAUGUUUUUUGUUAUUCCCUGCUGUUUAGGGUUUUUCUGGGACAUAUUUUGAUAAUGUUUUUUGAUAGACAAGUUUGGGCAUUGACAAAUUGUGUUAAUAGCUUUAACGUUUAACAUUAUUACCUUCUUUUUAGAAAAACAGUGUCUUCGACCAACAGUAGAGUUAAAGAAUGGUGAGGAUUAUUCAGAUUACAUUGUGGAGUAUGAACAAUGCUGCUCCGAAGAAACAUUAGCGAAAAGGAAGAAGCAUAUUGAGGAUUUUGAAAAAGUGAUGAAGAGUGAUGGUACAGACAGGUUUUUACAUCAUGUAGAUCAGCAUGAAGACGACGAAUUUGAAGUAGAAUUUGAUUCUGAUGAUGAAGAUGGAAGGAAUAAGGAGAUUGAACGACAAGCGAGGCUUUUGAAGCAGAGAAAGGAAAAGGAAGUUGAGGAUAGUAAGUUUUUAAUGAGGAUUUUGUAUUUUUUAUUAUUUUGUGUAGCUUGUAAUUAAAAAUUCAUGGCCAUUAAGGGUAGCUUUUGAUUUUUAUGAAAUUAUACUUAUUUUAAAGUUAUAAUUUUCAGAAAUAUCACCACAAGAAAAGCUAGAUGCCGAUAAAGAAGAAGCAACAGAAAAGCUAUCUAUAUUAGAAGUUUCAAAUAGCGAAAAGCAGAAACCAGCUUCUGAUGCUGAUAAUAUGGAUCACGAUCAGCGGGUGGAAGAAUUCCGUACAAUAAUGGAAGAAAGGUUUUUGGAUGGGAAAGAUUCAAAGUUUUAUGACUACAACAAGGUUGGUGAGUCCGCUGAAUAUACAAAAAUGGUGGAACAAGAUGAAGAAGAUGCGUAUUUUGAUGAGGAUUAG